AUGACGGUCCCCGCUCAAGACGAGGGUCUCACCCCGGAGCAACUCGAAUCUUUCCACCGCGACGGCUACCUCGUCAUCCCCGGCGCCCUAUCCCCGGAGACCGUCUCCGGCCUUCUCGCCGAGACCCACUCCCUACUGGACAACUUCUCCCUCGCCGACCACCCUAUGACGCGCUUCUCCACCGGCGAGAAGGCAGACCACGUCGGCGACGACUACUUCCUCUCCUCGGGCGACAAGGUUCGCUUCUUCUUCGAGGAGGACGCUUUCGACGACGAGGGCAACCUCGUGAAACCCAAAGCCCGUGCCAUCAACAAGAUUGGCCAUUACCUGCACGUCCUCUCCCCGCCCUUUGCCGCCAUCUCGGAUCCCGCGUCUUCUACCACUGGCAGUGCUGGCAGUGGCCCCGUCCGGGGUAAGCCGGCCGCCGUGGCCCGCAGCCUCGGGUUCCGGGACCCGCGGUGCCUGCAGAGCAUGAUCAUUUGCAAGCAACCCGAGAUCGGCGGCGCCGUGCCCCCGCACCAGGAUUCGACCUUCUUGUACACGGACCCGCCGUCCGCCGUGGGCUUCUGGUACGCCCUCGAGGACGCGACGUUCGAGAACGGGUGUCUUUCGUUCUUGCCUGGCUCGCAUCGCUGGGCACCCGUGUCGAGCAGGCUCGUGCGCAAGGCCGGGGACGCGGGGACAGAGAUGGCGAGCGAGCAGGAGAAGGCUGGGGAGGGGAAGUAUGUGCCUGGGGAGGUCAAGGCUGGGGAUCUGGUGUUGAUUCACGGCAACUUGCUGCACAAGAGCGAGAAGAAUUUGAGUCAGAAGGGGCGCAUCAUUUACACGUUUCACGUCAUUGAGGGGGAGGGGAACAAGUAUGACGAGAGGAACUGGUUGCAGCCGCCCAAGGCUGGGUUCACCAGGUUGUAUUCUUCUUAG